AUGAAUAAAAAAGCAUCCAUUAUCCAAAUUGCUGUAAAUAGAAACGAUGUCGAGUCGAUAAAGUACUUGGCUAAAACAGAAUUGGGCUUGGUUAAUAAGGAGUUGAGAAAGAAAUGCUGGCCCAUGUUAGUGCGUAAUUACACUAAUUAUGAGAAAGCAAACGUAGACGAACAAUGUAUAACAAUUGAUGAGAAAGAGAGUCAACAAAUCUUGGUUGAUGUUAAUAGAACAAGAAAGCAUCUCCCUAGCGACAUCAGUGAUCAUGAGAGGGAGAAAUUCAUGUCGGAAUUAUAUGAUGUCAUAGUGGCCGUUCUAGAAAGAAAUCCAGAUCUUAGAUACUACCAAGGAUUUAACAUGGUUUGUUCCGUCCUCCUCAUAACACUUGGCAAAGAUGAUGCAAUUAUGGUGGCAGAGUAUCUUGCACUGGGUCCGUUGAGAGACAUGCUUCAGACAGGACUCGAACCCGCUUUAGAACGAUUACUAACGGUGCGAGAUAUAGUGGCUGUCAGAGACGUUAAAUUAUAUCGCCAUCUAGAGAGUAUUGGUAUAAUGCCGAUGGCUCAUUUUGCACUGAGUUGGAUAAUGACAUGGUGCGCUGACGCAAUCAAUCACAUAGACGAUGCAGCAAGAAUAUUUGACUUUUUAUUGGCUUCGGUGGACGAGAUUGACAUGUGUGCUUAUAUCUGUGCAUCAAUAAUACUCUCACGUAAAGAGCAGCUUUUGGCUUUCGGCGAAGAUAUCGAUGCAGCAUACAUAACACUAUCCGAAUUCCCGCACACCAACGUCAAUGUAAUAACCAACAAUGCCUUAACCUUAUAUAACGCUUCGUUCUUAUUCCGAAUAAUGCAAAAGAGUUACCACUGUCUGACGGAAUUGCGUCAUAAAGUUAGUGAAACUACGCUGACUAUUGCGAAUACUGUUGUACCG